AUGUCCGAGCGCCAGGUCGACGCCCAGGUGAGGCGCGCGGAGGCCCACGCCUCGAGAAGCUGGGGCGCCUGUACGCCGAGCUCCUUGGCCGGCCAGACGGGCCCAGCUGCACAUGCGUGGACUGCCCUCACAGGCGACGCUCGAGGCCGAGCUUGGAAACAUGGAGAAGGAGAUCAAGGCGACCGACUCCGAGUCCAAGGCCUUCCACGGGGAGACUGGAGAAUUCCACGACCGGGGGGAUGGCGCCGAGUCAGACAUACACCAAGAGCUGAAGCUGGAGCAUCGCCAGGAGACCGCGCGGAGGAGGUCGAGGAGCACAGGGAGGCAAAGCUGUGGAAGCUGGCAACAAAGAAGGUGGAGAACCAGAUGGUGAAAGAGAAGCUGUACCUGCACCGCCGCGCGAUGCUGGAGCACGAGACACAUCAGUGGCUCGCGCAGGAGGCGGAGGCCAUGCGCCGCACGGCGGCGACCCUCGGGGCCCUCGGCGAGGACGGCGAGAUCCUGCAGAUGCUCGACAUCUCCAAGGGGGAUCUGGACGGCAUGAUGAUCGCGAUGGAGACCUUCGGCAGGCAGGGGCACGACAACAUGACCGGCCUCUGGAUCGAGGACAAGCUGGCCGCCUCGCGAUCAAAGGUCGAGUACGCCUCCGCCAAGAUGCUGGAGGCAGUGAAGCACAAGGUGGAGACCUUCAAGAGUAUGAACCCGAGCGAUUACGACGACCGCCAGUUCUUGGUGCGGCUGGCCCACCUCCUCGACGACACCAGGGCCGAGAUCGGGAGCGUCGAGGAAGUCAAGGAGAGGGAGAGGGGCCGCCUGGAGAAUUGGGACAAGGCCGACGGCGAGAAGCUCACCUACAGCCUGGGCUUGAGCCCGCAGGAGUGA